AUGACUUCCAAGAAUACCGAGCAGUUGCGUUCUCAGAUGCCUGUACCCCAGCUUGCCACAUCGAUUCGCAGCGAAAACCCAAUGGACUACGGAGCUACACCGCACCGUCAAGGUCACGUAACCAAGAAGUUUGUCUUGUGCUUCGAUGGCACAGGUAACAAGUUCUCUGGUACAGAUUCAGACAGUAAUAUUCUCAAAAUCUAUCGCAUGCUCGAUCGCAAUGGCGAUGACCAAUUUCAUUACUACCAGCCGGGUAUUGGCACUUAUAUCACCAAAGCCAAUGGCUCCAUGACCAGAACAGGCCGAUGGGAAAGAUUCCAGUCAUGGUAUGCCAAAGCAAAAGACAGUGCAAUCGGAACAUCCUUUGACAUGCACGUUAUGGCAGGAUACAAGUUUUUGAUGCGAUACUAUACCCCUGGAGAUGAUAUUUAUUUUUUCGGUUUCUCGCGAGGCGCCUAUACCGCUCGCUUUCUUGCCGAAAUGCUGGAUCAUGUCGGUUUACUUUCUGCAGGUAAUGAGGAGAUGUGCCAAUUUGCGUGGAAGACAUUUCAAAAAUGGCAAUGUCGAGUUCCAGAAGAGGAGAAAAACAGGAAGCCUGGCGAAAAGUCAGAAAAACAUAAACAACUCGAGUUCAUGUGCGCUUUCAGAGAGACAUUUAGCCGUCCUGUCAAGCCCAUCCGCUUUCUUGGUCUUUUCGAUACUGUCAACAGUGUCCCGGCCUUUGAAAAUGCAUGGAUGCAGCGCAGCAGGUUCCCAUACACUGCACGAAGUAGCGCCCGCGUCAUCCGACAUGCGGUUUCAAUCGAUGAGCGCCGCGCAAAAUUCCGACAAGAUUUGAUCUCCCAGGAAAAGCCAGACAGGUCCAUGUACUAUAAACACCGUCAUAAGCAUUUGAACCAGAUGAAGGACAUGGUUCACAGUCAUGGCGAUCAUGAGCAUGUUGAUGAAAAAGACAACCACGGUGAGGAAGACAGAGGUCGAAGUGAGAAUCUGCUUCCUCCUGAGCGAUUUAGAAAUCCUCAUGACACUUCGGGAGUGCGUAGUUCAAGCAAGGGGUACAAUAAUCGCUCGCCUACUCCCUCGAUGCGAUCAGUCGAUGCUCGCGCAACCUACAACUCAGAAGACGAAGAAGGCGAACAGGACAUUAAAGAAGUCUGGUUUCCCGGCUGCCAUGCUGACAUUGGAGGCGGCUGGCCCAUUGACGACGGCGACGCAGCACUAAGCCACGUCCCUCUCGUCUGGAUGGUACGCGAAGCCCAAAAAGCCGGUCUCGAAUUCGACGAGGAGAAGCUAGAAGCUCUAAGCUGCUGCCACGAAAACGCCAUGCCCAGCGGUGGUACCCACACCCACAACGAUGUCCCAACCAUUGAAGUCGACCCCGCCUCGCCCUCAGCCACCGACGCCGACGCAAUCACGUCCAGUGGAAUCACGGGCUAUACCGACGACGAAACCAUUCUCCUGCACCACCGCGAAACCCCAGACACGCAUUUCCACCAGCACCUCAACGCUGCAGCGACCAAAGGCCGCAUCCACGACGUCCUGCAGUUCAACAACGGCGUAAACCGCAUGGGCGUUAUUUCCUGGAACAUAAUGGAGUACCUCCCCUUCCGCCGCAUGGACCUGCAAGAAGACGGCAGUUGGAAAGCUAUCCGUUGGCCGCUGCCCAAGGGUGAAACACGUGAUAUCCCUGCCAACGCCGUGAUCCACUGCAGCGUCAUCAAGCGCAUGCGUGCGGAUCCAAAGUACCGCCCUGGCAACUUGAUUGUAGGAGGUGGCGGAAGGGGUGUGCGAACUGCGCCCGGUGAUUACGGUAUGGGUAAGUGGGUUGUGUCGUGUGAAGAGGGUCAUCAUGUUGGUGAGUGCUUUGUUAGACGGCAUCCGCCCGAGCGUACCAAGACGGAUGAAACGACAGGUGGGCGUAAGGGGAGUAAGGGGAGUAAGGGGAGUAAAGGGAGUAAGGAGGAUUAUAUAGGGGCGAGGAGGACAUCGUGCGGGACGAAUUGUGAGGAGUAG